GAGCCCUUGCGGCCACUGGGUGCCGAGCAAGGGGAGCUCGGCGGCGGGCGGGGACGUGGGGCGGGACGUGUCGCGCGGAGAAAAGCGCCGGCCCACGGGCCAACGCCGGGUCGCCUAGGUGAGCGUGCCGAGGAGACAGCUGUGGACCUGCCAGGUGUCACCAUGCUGGGCUCCCUGUUCCUGCUGCUGCUGGCCACGGGCGGAGUGCAGGCAACUCGGCCAUGUUUCCCUGGCUGCCAGUGUGAAGAAGAGACGUUCGGCCUCUUUGACAGCUUCAGCCUGAUCCGAGUGGACUGCAGCAGCCUGGGCCCCCACAUCGUUCCUGUGCCCAUCCCUCUGGACACAGCCCACCUGGACCUGUCUUCCAACCGACUAGAAACCGUGAAUGAGUCAGUGCUGGCAGGGCCCGGCUAUACCACGCUGGCUGGCCUGGAUCUCAGUUACAACCUCCUCACCAGCAUCACACCCUCCGCCUUCUCCCGCCUGCGCUACCUGGAGUCACUUGACCUUAGCCACAAUGGCCUGGCAGCCCUGCCGGCAGAGAUUUUCACCAGCUCCCCCUUGAGUGACAUCAACCUGAGCCAUAACCGACUGCGAGAGGUCUCGAUAUCUGCCUUCAGCACCCACAGCCAGGGCCGGGCACUGCACGUGGACCUAUCCCACAAUCAUAUCCACCGUCUGCUCCCCCAUCCAGCCCGGGCCAGCCUGCCUGCACCUACCAUUCAGAGCCUGAACCUGUCCUGGAACCGGCUCCGGGCUGUGCCGGAUCUCCGAGACCUGCCCCUGCGUUACCUGAGCCUGGAUGGGAACCCUCUGGCCACCAUCAACCCAGGUGCCUUCAUGGGGCUGGCAGGCCUCACCCACCUGUCCCUGGCCAGCCUACAGGGUAUCCUCCAACUACCCCCUCACGGCUUCCGGGAGCUCCCCAGCCUUCAGGUCCUGGACUUGUCAGGUAACCCGAAGCUCAAGUGGGCAGGAGCUGAGGUGUUUUCAGGCCUGGGUUUGCUGCAAGAACUAGACCUGUCGGGCUCCAGCUUGGUGCCCCUGCCUGAGAUGCUGCUACAUCACCUCCCCGCUUUACAAAGCGUCAGCGUAGGCCAAGAUGUGCAGUGCCGGCGCCUGGUGCGGGAGGGUGCCUACCACCGGCAGCCUGGCUCCAGCCCUAAGGUCGUCCUACAUUGUGGAGACACCCAGGAAUCUGCUGCCAGGGGCCCAGAUAUCUUGUGACGAAUGGUGUGGCCUGAGGCCACUUGACAGACUUCCGUCCUGGGCUUGCUCAGGUCCCCACUAAUACUUCAAUGUGCCAAUGCCUGUGGCCUUGAGUCUACGGGCCUAAGUGGCGGCCAUCUCAGUAAAGAUAUGGGCCGAGGAUAGUUUUUAUACCUGGGGCCUCUACCCAAUAACACAACCUGCCUGUUUGUCGCAGUGGCUCAACGCCCAGAACUGUGUAUGAGCAAAGGAACUUCGAUGCCAAAGGGACUUUGGUCCCUUUCUGAGCCCCGCCCCACUCGUCCCUGAAGUGCCUUCCCUUUUGUCUGGACUGACCUGACCCACGAUGUUAGGACUGUAGGUGAGCACCAGCACUGCAAAGCUGACUCAGGUCCGCUGGGCUGAAGGUCCCUUUGAGUCCAGUGUCUAGUCACACCUUUUAGCUCCAAGCCCGUGAGGCCCACUUCUUCCUUUUCUCAUGGAAUCCUGGGUCGAAUCUUAGUGAUAGAAGGACCUAGAGAGAACAUCGAAUCCACCCACCUUGGGGGCAGAUGGUAAUAUGGGACCCUAGAGCAGCAGUCAUGCUCACCUGGGGUCCUGGACAGAAGCCCAGCCUCCUGCUGAGGUCGGGGGCUUUGUCUCCCCUGCCCUGCUGGGUACCCUGUUACCAGUCACUGUGCUGUUUCCCAUUGUGCCCAGCAGUAGCAGCAACAAGGUCACAGAGGUGGGGACCCUAGGUCCGGUGGUGGCCAGCUUACGGUAUGAGGACAGUCAGUCCCCUUUCAGAGCCUCAGGAAGCUUGGAACACCUCAGUCUCAAGCCUGUCAGUUUCUUACGCUGGGAUGGGAGUACCCCCAGCAUCAAGACUGGAAACGUACACAUUUCCCCCAGGGACACCGUCUUAAGAUGCUUUUCUAAGAAGUCAAUGCAAUUGUGGCCAUCUGGCCAUGAGUUCCAAGGGACUCAUGGGCUUGAUGUCCACGGGCCAGAGCCCAGAGACCUACUUCGCCCUCCAAGGGGUGUGGCAGAAAGGGUCUCCCACGCACAUUGUGCUCACCCCAGGGCCACAUCUCAGCUCUCCAGCCCUGGAUUCGUUCCUGUCUUCAUUUUAUGAGUCGUUGCCUUUUUAAAAUGAACUGUCACUUUUUAACCCCCACCUCUGCUGGUCGGGGGAUGGAGAGGAAGAUAAAUGUAUGUGUUCACUUUUGUAAGGCUGUUCUGGGGCUAGGGGUACUCGGGAAGAAGGUGGUUAUCAGUGACCAUGUGGGCAUUGGGGCUGGUCCCAGAGAUGUUUGCAAGUCAGUGAGAGCUCUGUCUUCUCAACCUAGCCCAGCCCAGCCCACUCUGUGACUGGUCCUUGGUUUAAUAAACACAUGUAAGAGUUCUUUCCAUCACUGAA